CAUGUCCACAGCUUCAAAAUCCACACUUUCGACUUAAUUCUCUUCCUCUUCUUCUUUCUUCUGCUUCUGAUAAAACUAUACUUAACAAUGUCUUCUUCAGCUGUAGUUGCAGCAAGCUCAUCCUCUUCGUGUACCACUACCACGUUCAACAGACACCACCACCACCACUCCAUCAAAACUCCUCCAAAGCCCUUAUCCCACUUCACCCUCACCCAGAAAACCACUUUCCAGGGCUUCUCACUCAAAGAGUCCAAAAGGGGUGUGGCUGCAGCAAAGCCCCGAAGACUCACGUGCAAGGCUACAGAGGUUUCGGUUGCAGAAGAGUCCUCAUCCUCGGGCGGCGGAGGAGAGAACUGGGUGCCAGUGGUACCUCUCUCUGCGCUGCCAAAGGGGGAGAGAAGAGUGAUUAUACAAGACGGGGAGACCAUUCUGUUGUUGUGGUAUAAGAACCAGUUGUUUGCCAUUGAGAACCGGUCUCCUGCUGAGGGUGCUUACAGUGAGGGUUUGAUCAAUGCCAAGCUUACCCAGGAUGGUUGUAUAGUUUGCCCAUCAACUGAGAGCACAUUUGAUCUUCGAACUGGAGAAGUGAAGGAAUGGUAUCCCAAAAACCCAGUACUGAGAGUUCUAACACCGGUUUUGAGGAAAUUGUAUAUAUAUCCAUUGAAAACUGAUGAACAAAAUAUAUAUAUCAGUAUCAGUGGGGGCAUGGUGAAACCUGAUGUCUCUGCCGAAAUUGUGUUUAGCGGUAAAGCUCAGCCGGGUGUCACUGCUUCUGAUGUCAAUGUUGAGGAGGUAAGGAUGGUGGUUGAUGAGAGCUCAGGUGGGUUUGGUUUCACAGGGAAGAAUGAGAUUAUAAAUGGGAAGGCAGCUGUAAUUGGGUUCUUGCUGUUGUUGGAUUUUGAGCUAUUGACUGGUAAAGGUAUUCUCAAGGGAACAGGCUUCUUGGACUUUAUUUAUUCUAUUUCAAAUGCUUUGCAAUAGUCUCAGGAAUCAAUCAUAUUCCUCUGAAAUGAGAUGAGGAAGUUUUAAAGGCUUUGUUGAGUUCACUGUGUUUUGAUGUUAUAAUCUUUCUUUGUGUUAUUGUUUUGUGUAGAAACUAGGAUGAUCUAUAUAGUUUCUUCUUCUUCAUGUUUUCUACAUUAUAUAUCUUUUACCAAACUGUACAAUAAUAUAUAUAUGAACACAUUUGAAGUAAUCAACAUGUGUUUUUAUUUUUUUA